AUGGCUGCCGAAAUCCCAAUGCCCGAGCCUACAGUGCCUCGCAAGCCAUUCUCGUCAUUCAAAGUCAUCUCCUACGACAUCUACGGGACGCUCAUCGACUGGGAGAGCGGAAUCAUCGAUCAACUGCAAUCACUGGUGUCGCGGAUCCCGACAGGUUCUCCGUACGCAGUAUGCCGCAGCAGCAAGACCGGUGAAGGGCGAAUCAAACUCGCCGAGAAGUUCAACGAGAUCGAAGCGCAGGUGCAAGCCGAGAACCCCACGAUGAAGUACAGCCAGAUUCUGCGUGAAGCGUAUCUCCGCCUGGGUCCUGCUCUCGGGGUCAAAGACGGAGACCUCGAGAACGAGGCUCAGCAGUUCGGCGACAGCGUCGGCUCGUGGCCUGCUUUCCCGGACACCGUGGACGCCUGCAAGAGGCUGGCCAAGUACUAUAAAAUGAUCCCAGUGAGUAACGUCGACAGGGACAGUUUCAGCAAGACCCUUUCCGGGCCCCUGGCUGGCGUCGAUUUCUUCCGCGUCUACACCGCACAGGAUAUCGGGAGUUACAAGCCCGAUCUGCGGAAUUUCGACUACUUGUUGAGCCACGCGAAGGAAGAUGCCGGCGUGGAAAAGGACGAGAUCCUGCACGUUGCGCAGAGUAUUUACCACGACCACGUCCCGGCGAAGAAGAUGGGUAUGAGCAGUGUUUGGAUCAACAGGAAAGGUGCGGGCAUGGGAAGUGCAGGCGGGAUCCAAGGGGUCCAUGAGCGCGGCGAAGUCGGAUACGGCUGGAGAUACGCCACGCUGGGAGACUUUGCUGACGAAGUUGAGAAACAGCGAGCUCAGGAGUAA